AUGUCGAAGAAGAACAAACACCUCUCACUCUCAAAAACACCAGCAACCCUCCAAACAUCAUCUGAAACCACCCCGACCGCAUGGUCCCACAAACCCUCCAACCUCACCAUAGCCUGGCUCCUCAUCAGCAUUCCCCUAGUAAUUUGGGACACAAUCUACGUCCUCUUCCGCCCGCUAACCAUGCCCGGCGGCUCGCUCCAAUACCCCCUCUACAUCCCAUACGAGAUCUACCUACAAACCGACUACAUAUACGGCUGGAAAGCACUCGAGCAGAACAACGGAUUUACGGCUGCGCAGGCAACGAUGAACAUCGUUGAGACGGCGUUAUAUUGUUGGUAUCUGUAUAUUGUGCUGGAUCGGAAAUAUGUGGGUGGGAAGGCGGGGACGUUGGCUGUUCUUGUUGGAUUCUCUGCCGCUCUUAUGACCUUGAGCAAGACGGUAUUAUAUGGAUUGAAUGAAGCGUUUUCGGGGUGGAGUAAUGUGGGACAUAAUGAGUGGGGUCAUUUGGUUUUGUAUUAUAUCAUUCCAAAUGGAUCUUGGCUUGUGGCUUCUGCGUUGAUGUCGAUGGCGUUUGGAAGUGAGAUAUUACAAGGGCUAUCUCUAGCUGGUGGGGAAGUUUUGUUGGAGUAG